GACGCGCCGCGCUAGAGGGGCCAUGCGUUCGGUCAGUUACGUCCGCCGGGUGGCCCUCGACUUCGGUGGCAGCCUCUUCCCGCGCGCCGUCUGCCUGGGCGACGCCGACAAUGACGCGGUGAAUGAACUAGUGGUAGGAGAUACCAAUGGAAAGCUUUUUGUAUACAAAAAUGAUGAAAGUCAGCCUUGGACUAUGCGUUCCUGUCAAGGAAUGCUCACCUGUGUUGGUGUUGGAGAUGUCUGCAAUAAGAAGAAGAAUUUGGUUGUUGCAGUGAGUGCUGAAGGUUGGUUUCAUCUCUUUGACCUCACAUCACCCUUAAAGCACCCGGAUGCUCUGGGCCACCAUGAGCUCCCGACAGCAGAUGAUCCAAAGCUGGCGUUCAAGCAGCAUAUACCAGCCAACACCAAAGUUAUGCUGAUCAGUGACAUUGAUGGGGAUGGAAAGAGUGAAUUGGUAAUAGGCUAUACUGACCGUGUGGUUCGAGCCUUUCGUUGGGAGGACUCAUCUGAGAGUCCUGAUAGCAUCUCUGGACAGCUGCUGUUGCUCAAGAAGUGGCUUCUGGAGGGACAGGUGGAUAGCUUGUCUGUGAAUCCAGAUUCUGAUGGUUCUCCUAAGAUGAUGGUGUCCCAGCCAGGGUGCGGUUAUGCAGUCUUACUCUGUACUUGGAAAAAGGAGCAGCAAUCUCCUGCAGAGGUGAUAGACAGUUCUGCAUGUAGCAGGGAAGGCCCAGUCCGUGAUGUCAUUCUCCACCAGACAUCAGGUAGAAUUCACAACAAGAAUGUUUCCACUCAUCUCAUUGGAACCAUCGGCAGAGGUGGUUCAGAGGAACACACAGGCCUGGGUUUAUUUGCACUCUGCACUUUAGAUGGGACCCUGAAGCUUAUGGAGGGGGCAGACAAGCUGCUGUGGUCUGUACAAGUUGACCACCAACUUUUUGCUCUUGAAAAACUGGAUGUUACUGGAAACGGUUACGAGGAGGUGAUUGCUUGUGCUUGGGAUGGACAGACAUACAUCAUAGAUCACAACCGGACAGUAGCCAGAUUCCAAGUAGAUGAAAAUGUGAGUGCCUUCUGUGCAGGCUUCUAUUCUUGCAAAGGAGACCAUAACAGUCCUUGUCUGGUCUAUGUCAGUUUCAACCAAAAGAUCUACAUCUAUUGGGACAUACAGUUAGAGAGAAUGGAGUCCACCAGUUUGCUGAAGAUGCUAGAAAGUAAUUCAGAAUGCAAAGAUCUCCUGCUUCAGCUGGAUGUGGCUAAAGAUGAUGUUUCUGCUGUCAAAGAUCUGAUUCACAAGACCUUAUACUUUCCAAGGACAGCAGCUCAAUAAACUCAGCUCAGCUUCCAGUCUGAAUGUCUUCCCACAACCCAAGAAACUCCAUCUGCACUUUUGAAAUGCCUUCACGAUGCUUGUUAGGAUUGAUUCUCCUUGCUAUAUCCAAGGCCGACUGUUCCUGUUCUGCCAGCACUUGGGAUAAAGUUUACUGCAAGCAGUG